AUGGCUAUGGCAUUGGAAUUCUAUUUACAAAUCGAUGUGGAUUUAUUCUAUGUGAAAACUUAUUCGUUUCGAGGAGCUCAACCUCUAUCUAAUAUAGAAGGUCUAUUUUGUGGAAGAGAUGAACCUCAAGCAAGAUAUUCAUUGGUUCCAUGUGAUAAUCUUUUUUGUCAAUGUUGUCUUCCAUUAAAUACUUACAAGAAAAGUCAACCAUGGCCAAUUGUUAAUUUUGCUUCAAGCUCAAUGCAUCGAUUUCUCAAUGGUUAUACUACCUAUCUAAAUUGUCCAGCAGUAUGUUGUUGUCCUUAA